AUGUCUAUCAGCACCUUCUUGGCUGAUGAGAACUUGGGCUCGUGGGCCGAUGAGAUGGAUGACAUGCCUAUGCCUGUUCCUCCCUCGCAAUCUAGCUUCGGUGGUGAGCGCCGUGGUCCUCCUGCUUCUGGCUUUGGAGGUAGUGGUUUUGGAGGUAGCUUCAACGACCGCGGUUUCGCCGUGAGGGAACCCCUUCCUCUUCCUACGGAGCCUCCCUAUACCGUUCACGUCGGAAACCUGUCUUUCGACGCAACCUCGGCGGACAUCUCUGAUCUCUUUGUCGACUGCGGCGUGACGAAUGUCCGCAUCGUGGAGGACAAGUUGACCCACAGUCCCAAGGGCUUCGGAUACGUUGAGUUUGAAACCGUCGAUGGUCUGAAGAAGGCUCUCGACUUUUCUGGCACCACCCUCCAAGGACGAGCGAUCAGAAUUAGCAUUGCCGAGCCUCCCAAGGAGCGGGAUGUCAAGGAGUUCGACUGGACUCGCAGAGGACCCCUUCCUGAUGCCCCUCAGCGUCGUGUGCCCGACCGUUCCGCCUUCGGCCGCGGCCUCGACAACGUUUCUGAUGCCGGCAGCGAGCGUGGAGGUGAUAGACGUCGCAACUUCGAGUCGGACGGCAAGUUCCGUGACUUCGGCAACUGGGAGCGCAAGGGUCCUCUUUCUCCGACAAGUGGACCGGUCAGAGAGGGUCGCCCGGCAGCUGCCGAGGGAUCCAGCUUCAGAAGAAGCUCGCCUGCUUGGGGCGAAGGACGUUCCCAGGAUGGCUCUCGGCCUCCGCGACGCGAAUUCCAGGAACGCGCCCCGACUGCGGCCGAGCUGGACAACUCCUGGAGAUCCAAGAUGCGACCCGACCAGGCCCCUCCUGCCAAGGAGCCUAGCAACCCGACUUCUCCUGCCGCCGCUCCCACCUCCCCCGUUCCCGCCGCUGCCGCCCCCGCCACCCGUCCCCGGUUGAACCUGCAAAAACGCACCGUCACCGACGCCGUCUCCACCCCUGCCCCCGCCACUGAAUCCAAGGCCAGCCCGUUCGGUGGUGCGCGACCAACCGACACUGCCGCCCGCGAGAGGCAAGUUGAGGAGCGUCGCCAAUUAGCCCUGCGCCAGAAGAAGGAGGCCGACGAGAAGGCGAAGACCGAGAAGGCCGAGAAGCAGCGACAGGCUAAGGAGCAAGCGAAGACCGAAGCCGAUCCCAACGGUAAGGGCACGGCCGAGACGCCUCAGGGUGGUACCAACUUCGAGAUCCUCCGGCGGGCCGGCGAGGAUGAGGGCGGCAUGGCCGCCGAUCAGGACAAGAAGGAAGAGGCCGCUGCUUCGGACGCAGCAUCGAAAGAGGCCGCGGGCAAGACGAAUGGUAGCUGGAGGAGCCCUGCCCAGCCCGCCGAGGCUGCGGAUGACGAGGGCUGGAACACGGUGGGACCCUCGAGGCAGCGCAACAACCGUCGUGGACCCCGAUCUUAA